AUGGUUGACCUCGUUAUUGUCUUCUCCGGCCACUCCUUCGAGCAUAACUACAUCGAUGCCUGCAAGUCCCUCAACUUCAGGCCCACCCUCCCUGAUAGCUCUGUUCUCGAUUUCUCCACCCUCAUCCCUAACCUCGCCCUCAAGUCCGCUGUUCUCAGCUGGUGCCAUUUUACUCUCUUUACCCCUCCUCCCAAACCCUUCGAUUUCUGCUCCGCUCAUAACCUCAUUCGUACCUUAUUGCUCACUUCCCGUUCCCAACAUAAGCCUAAUCAUCAAUUAUCAAAGUUCUCUUCCCAAGAAACCGAGCUGACUCGGACGCCUAGUCAAGUUUCCGCCAGCUCCAAGGAAUCCGUGACAGUCGCCACUGUCAUCAACAGGCCCACCACUCCUCUACCUUUAACCACCCGCCCCUAUUGUUGCUGCUCUUCUUCGUCCUCCUCAGAUAUUGAGUCCUUGUGUCACUCUAGCUCCCUCGAAGAAGACAAGUUCAUGACCAAGCUCCGGAGCUCUCAAGUGUUCGAGCAAGAGGAGGCUCUGCUUUCCCUCCGGAAACUAACCCGGACCCAGGAGGAAUCCUGGGUGAAUCUCUACACUGCGUGUCUAUUCUCGGCUCUCCGGCCUCUGAUCACCUCCAAAUAUGCUUCUAUUCAGGUGAACUCAGUCACCGUUGAGGUGAACUCAGUCACAGCAAGAGGAGGCUCUGCUUUCCCUCCGGAAACUAACCCGGACCCAGGAGGAAUCCCGGGUGAAUCUCUACACUGCGUGUCUACUCUCGGCUCUCCGGCCUCUGAUCACUUCCAAAUAUGCUUCUAUUCAGGUGAACUCAGUCACCGUUGUGGUGAACCUGUCCUUAGAGAGUCGAAGCAAGAUAAAGAUCGUGAGGUCAGGGAUCGUCCCCAGUGGAUCUGGGAUUUGUGUUUUCCAAUUUUGCCCUUGAAAAUAUAA